AUGACAAAUUGUGAAGAGGAACAAUUUUCUAGUGAGGAAAAUCUAACGAUGAAAGAAUUGAAGAAUAAGCUUGCUCAGAUGAAUCUACCGAUAUCUGGGGCAAGGUCAGUGUUGGUGGCCAGGCUAAAUCGAGCGUGUAGUGCUGGUCAAUCAAAUCUCAAGGAGCAAGCGAGCAGUGAAACCAAAACUAAGACUAAACUAAAACUCAGUGAGACCAAACCAAAAACUAAGCGUGAUCGAGAUGUAGGCGAAUAUCUCGAGAGGCUUAGAACAAAGGAAUUGAGAGAACGUCUAGCUAGUAUGGGGCUAGAGACGAAAGGAAGAAAAGCAGAAUUACGUGAGCAAUUACAGGCGGCCUUGGAAGAAGAUGCGUCGUCGGAGGAAGAAACUGACUACGAGAGUGAAACGGAAGGCGAUAAAGAAGGUGAAAAUUUAGACAUCUUAGACUUAGAAGAUUUGGACACCUUAGAAGUUUUUACGGGUGAAAACAACGCAAAUAUCAAUCAAUGGUUCAAGGCAUUUGAAGAAACGACUUCAAGAGACGAAAAAGGAGAUGACGAAGGAUAUACGGCCUACAUGUAUCGAAUACUUGGGAUAGCUAGUCACAUGGAUAUGGAAGAAGCAGCAAAAAUGCGGUACAUCGUAGAAGGAAUAAGAGACAAAGAAGUCAAUAAAGCAAUACUUUAUGAGGAUAAAUCAAUGAAAGAACUUAAGGAAAAUCUAAUCAUCUAUGAGGAACAAAAAUCUCGCAUAGCAGAGUCAUCUGUGAGACAGGUCAGAGCUGAGGACAACAGGAAAUACAGGCAAUCUGGAAGCGUAGUGAAGUAUAGAAGGUGUCAUAAUUGCGGCGAUAGAGAACAUGUGAAUGCUGAUUGUCCAAACAAAUCGAGAGGUCCUAAAUGUUUUAAAUGUAGAGAAUUCGGACACAUUUCAACAAACUGUGCAAAUAUACUAAAGGUUAAGACACGUUGUGACGAGUGGCGGAAUGAAAAUAAAAGAGGGGUCAAGCAAAUAAAGGUUAUGAACACGAAUGUAGUGGCAAAGAUUGACACCGGAAGUGAUCUUAAUUUAGUAAGAAUGAGUACGUAUUUGCGUUUAGGAGCACCUCAACUUGAGAAAAGAAUUAUUAGAUUCGAUAGUAUAGGCGCCGUGAACGUACACACUAUGGGACGUUUCAAAACGGAUAUAAUGAUUGACGGUUUAAAGGCAACGCUAGACUUUGACGUAGUUCCCGAUAACUUCUUGGGACACGAUGUACUAUUAGGUAUUGAGUUAACUGAACAAAUGGAAGUAAGAGUGAAACAUAAACAAGUAAAGUUUAAACAAAUUAAAAAAGAACAACGUGAGAACCAGUGUGCUAACGAAGAUAAUAGAAAAACUAGAAACGAUAUUAAAAAUUUAAUUAGUGGAUAUACAGUGACGAAGACAAAGGACACAGGUGUACGUAUGAAAAUCAUACUUGAAGAUGAUGCACCAGUAAACCAAAACCCACGGAGGUUGUCAGCAGAACAAAGGAAACAGGAAACGUUAAAGGAGAAACAACAGGAAAUCGAGAUUCUCCGGAAAGAACGAGAUUUAGAACGUGAACGAAUUACGAAGGCCGCAAAUCAAGCAGAACAGUGGCUCAUUUCAGUAGUAAAAAAAUAUGAGCAGUAUCGCGAGAAAAUGCAAAAAACCGUUACUGACGCGGAGGUUGCGUUUUCAAAAUUACUCGAAGAGAAAAAUGCACUUGCUUUACAAUUGGAGGAAGAGAAUAGGAAGUGUAAAGAUCUCCUGUUUCGUUUCGAGGAAGAAUCGGGUAACAAUGGUGAUAUUCAGAAAGAAAGAAGUGAGCAAUGUGUGAUAAAUACUGUAAAUGAAAAUAAGAUCAAAGAUCACGAAAAGCAGUUGCUGGAAGAAAGAGAACGUGUCGGUCAACUUGAACAUGAUAACAUCAAAUUAUUCGAAACGGAAGAAGAACUGACCCGUCUUCACAAUGAAGUCUCAAAUGCUACUGCUCAAGGAACGCAGCAACUCGAAGAUUUACAGAGUCGCAAUAAAACUUUGGGGGAAAAAAAUCAACAACAAAGCGCGGUUCAUAAAGAAUCGGAGAAAGGUUUGUGGACAGAAAUAGAACGUGCGACGAAAGAUUUGAAGAAAAAGAAUAAACUGAUAGAAGAUAUGAAAAAGCAAUUUGAACACAGUACAAAUACUUUCAAAGAGCAGUUGCAAAAAGCCGGAGAAACGAUAGAAAAUCUUAAAAGAAAGAUACCAGGUACGGCGAUGCGUCAUGUUGACGCGCUUAGUCGGAAUACAGUGGAAGUGUUAUUAGUACAGGAGGGCCGAAGCGGUUUAAUUGAUCGAGUUCAAAAAGCUUAA